UCCGAAACAAAGAGAUCGCGUUUUCAAACCACGGAAAUUGCAUAGUUCAUCAUGGUCAACCAGAAAGCUCAAGACGCCGUGCAGCAGUCGCUUGAUUCUUGUACUGGCAACAAGGAUACCGGUGUGCCUGGACUCGUCUUCGUGGCUGUGGACAGGAAUGGAGAUGAGAUCGCUGCUGCAGCGUCGGGAAAGCUCGGCCUCAAUACCGACAAGCCCAUGACGCUUGACACUGUGUUCUGGAUCGCGUCCUGCACCAAGCUGCUGGCGACCAUCGCCUGCAUGCAAGCGGUAGAGCAGGGUAUCCUCAGCCUCGAUGAUCACAAGCAAGUCUAUCAACUCUGUCCUGAGUUGGAGAAGGUCAAGGUCUUGCAGGCUGAUGGAAGUUUGGUGGACAAGAAGAACGACAUCACGCUGAGAAUGUUGUUGAGCCAUACUGCUGGAUUUGGGUACGAAUUCUUUAACCCGAAGCUCCGUGACCAUGGCCGUCCGGUCGGAUACGACGUGUUCCACGCAGAUAUCGGUGACAUCCUCCGGAUGCCACUCGUCAACCAGCCAGGCGAGACCUGGGAGUACGGUAUAAACAUCGACUGGGCCGGAAUUGUCCUUGAGCGCGCCACCAAGACGACAUUGAACGACUGGAUCCAGAAGAACAUCUGUCAACCUUUGGGAAUCUCCGCGAUCAACAUGCUACCCACGCCGGAGAUGAAGAAGAACCUCGCCUACAUGUCUCAACGCUGGCCAGGAUCCCAAGCCUCGGAGGAGCGCGACCACAUGUACCGUGAGCCACUGCUGGCGCAAACCGACGAAGAGAAGAAGCGCAUCUUCAACUCCGGUGGCGCGGGAGCGUAUGCGAAGCCCAGGGAGUAUGUCCAGAUUCUGGCGGCUCUGUUGAACAAUGGUACCCACAAGAAGACCGGCAAGCAAAUCUUGAAGCCUGAGACCGUCGAGGCGAUGUGGAAGAACCAAAUCGAGCAACAUCCGGAUUUCGCACGAGCCGGAAUUCCCGCGGCCAAGAGCGAACAGACCAACGCAAUGCCCGAGAUGUAUCCGCAAGAGGGCAAUCCACCGCAGGGCUGGGGCCUGUCUUUCUUCCUCACAAUCGCCCCUGGACCAACCGGCCGAGGCGCCAACACGGCGUGGUGGGCUGGUAUCGCCAACCUCUUCUGGUACUGCGAUCGCGAGAAGGGCGUGGCAGGCUUCAUCGGGUCGCAAAUCAUGCCGUUUGGCGAUGCUCAGGUCAUGGGACAAUGGGGUGCUUGUGAGGCUGCCGUCUACCAGGCCAUUCAGUAGUGCUGUAUCGUCAGACAUUGGAGCAUGGUGAUGAUCUGUAAAUAGUCAAUUUGGAAAGUGCUUUGUUCC